ACGAAAAAUCAUGUCAUAUAAAUUUUGUAUGUUAUGUCAAAUUUCGUAGAUAGUCAUAAUAAUAAAUAUUGUCCUUAAAAAAAAAAACUUCUCAUUAUUUUUGUUUUAAAUUAAAGUAGUUAAUUAAAAAUGGAUGUUGAUAAUGGUCCAGAAAAUCAAACGACUGGGGGUCCUGUCGAAUUGGAACAAUCCUUGCUGCAACAAUUCAGUUGCUUAGGCACAACAGAUCGAGAUGAACUUAUUAAACAAUUACAAAGACUUUUAGGAAGCAGUUUAAAUUGGGAAACAGCUGCGUUUUUUCUUGAUAUGAAUAAUUGGAAUUUACAAGCAGCAAUAUGUUCUUAUUUUGAUAUUGAAGCACCAGGUCAACUGCCAUCUAUGGGCUUGGUUGUAGAUUAUCCACCAGGUGAAGCAGGUGUUGUACCUGUAAAUACAAGAUUUAAAAAAACAUGGGAAAUACAAAAUACUGGACAGGAACGAUGGCCUAUGGGUUGUGUUUUACAAAAUACUGGCGGUGAACGAUUUCAGGCUGAUCAUCGUGUUCCUGUAGCACGUUUAAUGCCUGGCGAAGUUGCUCAGAUUAGUGUUGAUAUGCUUAGUCCGUAUGAAACUGGAAUGUAUCAAAGUAAAUGGCGUAUGUGUACUGAACAAGGUUGUUAUUUUGGCGAUUCGAUCGUUUCUAUUAUAUCCGUAGUAGAUCAAGAAUCAAUUCAAUUGUCUGAACAGCUACAAACACAUUUAACAGAUUUGGGUCGAUCUCCACCUUCUGCGGCAGUAAAUCCUUUUGGCAAUGCACUACGUUCUCCUAGUCAAAAUGAUAGCAUCCAAACCUCACCAACCCCAACUCCAAAUGCAUCAACUCCAGAUUCAGAUAUAAAUAUGUGCUAGCGACAAAAUGGUUUUAUUAUUUUUUUUAUAUAUUGCAGUGCCAACGAAUAUUAAUAAUUAAAGUCUUAUUUAUCUUGUUCCAAUAAUUUUACUAACUGUAACUGAAACAGAAGUCUCAAGAUGAUGUGUGAUAUCUAAAAUAUUUGGAUGGUACUGCUGUUUUAUUUUAAAUUAGAGAUAUGUUUUUUUUUGUUUGUUUGCAUAAAUGAAAUUAUAUUUAAAGAAUUUAAAAAUUUACCUGGUUAUUGGUUUUUCAAGUUUGUUUAGUGAGCAAGUGUUUUACGAACACUUAACCCGUCAGCACUCGAGUCAACCGUUCGGUAAUCUUUAGUCGCGUGA